AUGAAUCGCACGCUGGUCGAGUGUGCGCGUUGCAUGAUGGAACACGCUGGACUGGGAAAGAGCUACUGGGGUGAAGCAGUGAUGACGGCGAUGUUUCUUCGAAACCGCUGUCCAACACGUGCCAUUCACCAAGACAAGUCUCCAUAUCAAGUGUGGACGAUGAAGAAACCGAUUCUGGCCAACCUUAAAGUGUUUGGAUGCCACGCGUAUGUUCAAGUGCCUCAAGACAAACGCGCGAAGUUCGACUCCAAGUCAUCACUCUGUCGUUUCCUGGGAUACGCCGAACACCAGAAGUCAUAUCGAUUUGAGGAAGUGUCAACAGGAGCGAUCAAGAUCAGUCGCGAUGCCACAUUCAUGGAAGACAAGUUUGAUGAAGGUCCGCGCAACUACAACGAUGAGUCAAGUGUCGUUGAGUUUGAUGAUCAUGAUGAGGACGAAGAAAAAGAAGAAGGUAAAACUGACGACGACAUGGACUCGAGCGACGAUGACAACGAAGACACCAGGUCUUCGAAGAGCAACAUCAAGAGACACACGCGCACUCAAUCACUUGAGAAAGCUACCGUCAUUCAAGUCCCAAGCGAAGAACAUACAGAGGUCCGUCGCUUGAGCAUGUGUCAGCGGCUGCAAUGGAUUUUGAAGCAGCCUACAUCGUUGAUUCAGUGGGGGAAACGCCGACUACAUUCAAGUCGGCGAUGGAAUCAAGCGACUCCGGCAAGUGGAAAGAAGCGUGUGACUCGGAGUUCGAUUCGCUUCAGAGAAACGACACGUGGGAAAUCGUGCCUCUUCCGAAAGGUCGCAAGGCCAUCGGGUGCCGAUGGGUUUUUCGUGUAA